AAAGCUUCCGCAGGGCAUUGUGGGAGCGGCUAAGGCGGUAAAAUGGCGGACUUGGCCAACGAAGAAAAGCCAGCUAUAGCCCCUCCUAUGUUUGUGUUUCAAAAAGACAAAGGACAGAAGAGAUCUGCAGAAGGAUCUAGUCCUGAGCAAGGUGAUGAUUCAGAUCGAGAAGAUGGGAGUUAUAUCCCACCUGUUAAGCGAGAGCGCACUUCAUCUUUUUCUCAGUUCCCACCUUCACAGUCAGUGACCAAGAACAAUGUCUUUAUGCCAUCCAGCUUCUGUCAUCCUUCCGCCGGUAACUCAGACUCAGAGCCAGAGGAAAAAUGCAGUGGAUUCAGAUUAAAACCUCCCACACUUAUUCAUGGCCAGGCCCCCAGUGCAGGUCUCCCCAGCCAGAAACCCAAGGAGCAGCUACGCACUGUAUUGCGCCCAGCAGUAUUGCAAGCACCACAGCCCAAGACCUUCUCAGCACCCAUUUUCAGCAGUGGAACAAAUGGUAUCAGUGUUUCCUCAGAGCCUUCUGGCUCUGCACUAGGUGAUGCAGUUGGGAGCCCAGCCACCCCUCCGGUUUCUUCCAGUGCUGCAAAAAAGGAUAGUGACCCUCUUUCUGAUCACUCUGGAAUAAAUGAUGACAGUGAGAGCUCAGUGCGAGAGGAGCAAGAUUCCCAGCAGUCUUUUGUGUUUGGACAAAACCUGCGUGACAGAGUGAAACUUGGAAGGGAAAGUAAAGAAUCAACAGACAAUGAGACCACAGGGUUGCAAGGUUCAGAUGCCCCUACACAGACAAACUACUUUCUUCAAUACAUUAGCUCCAGUCUAGACAAUUCUACACAUAAAGCAGAGUCAGCAUGCAACAAGUUUGUGUUUGGGCAGAACAUGAUUGAAAGAGUUUUGAGUCCACCAAAGGCAGAGGCAGGAUCUGACAGCAACAAAGAGAAUGCAGGUGUAGAAUCUGGAUCUGAGGGCUCGUCAUUGGAAAACACUCCAGAGAAACCUAAUAAUAUAUCUGAGUCACUGGCAGAGUCUGCUGCUGCGUACACAAAGGCAACCGCAAAACGAUGCUUACUAGAGAAAGUGGAAGUCAUAACGGGAGAAGAAGCAGAAAGCAAUGUAUUACAGAUCCAGUGCAAGUUGUUUGUGUUUGAUAAGGUGUCACAGUCCUGGGUAGAGAGGGGUAGGGGACUCCUACGUCUCAAUGACAUGGCCUCAACAGAAGAUGGCAUGUUACAAUCCAGACUUGUGAUGCGUACUCAAGGCAGUCUACGGCUAAUCCUUAACACUAAGCUCUGGGCUCAAAUGCAGAUUGAUAAAGCCAGUGAAAAAAGCAUUCGUAUUACCGCCAUGGAUACAGAGGACCAGGGAGUUAAAGUUUUUUUGAUAUCGGCUAGCUCAAAAGAUACAGGCCAGCUAUUUGCUGCAUUGCAUCACCGCAUCCUAGCCCUUAGAAGCCGCGUAGAGCAAGAGCUGGAGGUUAAAUGUCCAGAACCUGUAAGGGAAGUAACUCCAUCCAACGAGGAGGACAGCGAUGAUGAUGAUGAUGUCCUUACGCCCACAGGCACAACUGCUAUUGCACCUAGUGACGAAGGAGACAGGCCGUCUGCAUCAACAACAUAGCAACCACAAACCUCUAUCCUGAGACUGCCAUCUCACCUUGUAGGGUGAUGGUCCACGGCUUACAUUGUCUUUCUUGCCUCAAGGAAAAAUAAAGACCAGCUAAUGAAAUCCAGGCUGAGCCGUGAACAGACUCUUCACCCUUCCCAGGAACUGUUAUUCUGUUUGAUCAUGUUAAACCAACAAAAAAAAUACUUUGGAUUUCCUUUAACUUUAUUUUAUUUAGAAAUGGCUAAAAGUGGUAUCCAUGCUAAAUACAAAAGGACUCUUGGCUGGAUGGUUCAAAAUAUAUAAUGGCUCAUCAUAUUGAUGAGCUAAAACAAGUCACAUUUUCUCCCCCUUCUAUUACCAUCUUUUCAGUUGUUGAGAUUUGGCCGAACUGUGCAGCUUUUUCAACCAUUUACCUUUUGGUUUUUAUAUUAUAUAAAUAUUAGUUUGUUUUUUUCCUGCCAGAUCCUAUUGGUUGCUGAUGUACAUAUUGCUUCUCUUUUUUUUGCUUUUAUUUUUGGAUUCCAGUUACUUGCAAGGAUUUAUUCGGCUAAAACAAAAAUUGAUCCAACCACCUGUAACUUUUGGAUCCAGCCACCUCUGACUUGCUGGAUUUGGAUAUAUAUUCAAGCCACACAGACUUACAAUUCUCUCACAUAGGAGCCAGAUCUCAACCUUCUCCCUUCUGUAUCAAAGACUGUAACCUGUAGUUAAUGAACUGAAUAUUCCCAUUUCCAGUCUUUUAUUUUUGAUCCCUUUCUGGGUAUUUUUCUUUUUUUUUUUUUUU